GAGAGGAUUUAUUUUUAGGGUUUUAUGAGGGGUAUUUUAAGGACUCCUAGGGUCAGGGUGGAUUUAUGAAGAAUAGAGGCAUGCUACAAAGAGUGGAGAUACAGAAUGAGACAGAUCCAUUGUGGAGGAACAGCUCUGUUGAGGAAUCUGAGCCUGUCAUAGACCGACUUGCACUAUUCAAAGCAAGAAACAAUAAACUAUUUUAUUGCAGGGGAAUACUAGAACAGCAUCCUCUUCAUUUUUCUUUCCAUGAUGGGAAAGUUCUGAAGCUCUGCCCUGUGAGGAGUGAGCAGCCCUGGGCACUGAACAUAAAACGAGGCAUUCUCAGUGUCCUGCAGACAGCGCAAGCACCCGCUGCCGGUGCCGUUGUUGAGGAGGUGAGACCAUCACUACAGUCAUGCUCUGAACUCACUGAGGCCCUUGGACAUGCUAAGUCUAUUCCUUCUGUGGACAUUCUGGGAAUAUGCCCAACCAAGUACCAGCGAAAGGGUCCUGUUCUUGUAAAGACAAGGGACUUAAACCUCUGCUCCCAUCGAUAUUCUGGUUUUACUUCUGUGCAGUCUGUUGUUCUUCCUCAUGUGUCGUCUGAGCAGCAGGUCCUGUCUUCCAAACUGGAAUGUGUUCAGAGCAUUAAGGAUGGAGUCCUGGCAGAGGCCAGAUGCACCGAGUCCGACCGUGUGACGCUGUUCCCUCAGAAGGGUGGUGGGACAGACACACAGACACAGUCCUCGCUGCAGCUCCUUCAGUGGGAAGCAGACACACUGCACAAAAAAGUGGACUAUGAGGAUCUGUACGUGACCAGCAUUCUCUAUGAAAGGGAAGAAAUGGAGAGGGAGGUCAAAGGAAGGGAAGUGACUGAACUGGUGUGGAAGCUUUGCUUAGCACACAGUGCCAGUUAUGAGACUGCAGGCCUUUUCAUGACCCUCGUGUUUGAGCUCCGACAUCUCUCUCUUGAGGCCUUAAGAGCACUAUGGCAAAGAUCUUCAUUUAAGUGCAGAGACAACUGGCAACCAUUAAUAGAUGCUCUCCCAUCUUGUGCUACAGAGGCAUGUGUUGUCCUAAUGAAAGAACUUGUGGCUUCUGGAGAAGUCGAGGAAGACAAAGUAGAACAUUUCUUCUGGUCAUUUGCAUUCAUUCCUAAGCCCACCUCGGGCAUGAUUGAAUCUCUCGCUCCUUUGCUGGAGUCACCCAGAGCAAGCCAGAGCUGCUUCUUGGGAGUAACUGCUCUCCUACACAGGUUUUGCUCAGCUCACAGCUCCUGUGAUGAUGUACCUGCUGUGCAGGGUGUGCUGAGGAUUCUUGGGAAAUUUUUGGGAGGAAACUGCACUGUGCAAGAUUCAGAACAUCUCAGUGAGAUGCAGCUGGUGUUAAAAGCCGUCGGGAACGCGGGACUGGCAGCGGCUUCGCUGGCUCCUGUUCUGAGCUCCUGUGCUUCCCUGAGCAGUAAUCCCAUGGAAAUCCGCCUCGCUGCUAUGCAGGCCUUCAGGCGCAUUCCCUGCUCUGUCAGGAAUGAUAUUUUAGUUCAGUUGUAUCAAGCAACCAGCGAAGAUGUGGAAAUAAGAAUUGCUGCUUAUUAUAUGGCAAUGAAAUGUCCACAUGAAGAGUUAUUUAAACAAGUACAAAAGACUUUGCUGAAAGAAACAUCCAGCCAAGUGGGUUCCUUUGUUUGGAGUCACCUCUCUCAGAUCCUGGAGACAGAUGAUCCACUGAAGGAGCACCUUCGAGAUUCUAUUCCUGAUGAAAUCCUUAGCAGAGAUUUUGAAAGGGAGACAUGGAAAUACUCCUCAUAUUCUGAUGUCACGUUCCACUCAGCUGGUGCAGGUGCAAAUGUGGAAGCAUCAGUGGUGUUUUCUCCUGCAUCUUUUCUACCACGCUCAGUCAUGACAAAUCUGACCGUUCACCUUAUGGGACAGGCUGUAAAUCUACUGGAGGUUGGUGUACGAUUGGAGAAUGCUGAAAGUCUGGUACAGAAGGUUUUUGGGCAGAAAUCUGCUUCUUUCAGUGACUAUUUUUUUGGAACCACUAAUGAAAGAAGCCACAAAUCAGAAAACCCAGUGGAAACAGCAGAGAAGGUCAAGCAGAGGAAGCUGAAUUUGAAGCGAUACAGCCCUGCUGAUCACCUUGUGACCAAGAGUGGGAGGCCAAAGUUGAGAAAAACAAACCAGAAUUGUCUUGGUAGAAAGUACAGUAAAAUGAGUGAGUUAGUCAAAAAGUUCACUGAGAGAACGGUGAGAAAGGAGACACUGAAAUGUGAGCUAAGCAUGAAGAUCUUUGGAAAUGAACUUACCUUCUUAGAUUGUGAAGAUUUAAGAAAACAAAUGAACCAUUAUUCCUUAAAUCUGGCUGAGCUGGCUGUCAAACUUCUGAAGGGUCAGGAGGUCCAGUUUAAUAAAAGGAUGAGUUUGGCCACUGAAGAAUUGCAGUUUCCAGCAAUUUCAGGCUUUCCUGUUCAGCUGGCAGUCAAUGCCUCGGCAGCAAUCAACAUAAAAAUCAAAGGGAAUGCGGAUUUCAAACAACACUCAAACUUCUUUCUGAACGGGUAUAUCAAGCCAAGUGCAUUUGUUCAGCUUUCUGUGCACAUGGGAACUGUGGGGACUGUGGGACAAGCUGGCCUAGGCUGGUUAACAGGAAUGAGGACAUCUACUAGUCUUGAUGGGGGAAUCCAGGUGAAAAAAGGGCAAGAGCUCAAAGUUUUCUUGAACACUCCAGAAGAAUCUAUGGAGAUAAUUAAUUUCAGCUCUAAACUCUACUUCAGAGGAGUGGAUGAGACAGAAGAAAGAGAUGUUUUCCAAGACCACACAGACACCCAAUCUUGCACCAGGGAGGAAGUGUCAGAGAUUCUUGGCUGGCAGCUCUGUUCUGAAAUGUCAUACCCUGCCCUAGCCAGUGGUUUGGUUUUCCCCCUCACUGGACCUUCGAGAGUGGCUGUCAUAUUAACAAAGAAAGACAGAGGCCUGCAGCAGUACGUUGUGGAAGCUGCAUAUAACUAUAUCCCUCAGGAGAAUUCAUGGAUCCCAAAUGAAGCUGUCUUUCGCUUCUUCAUUGGGACUCCAAAGUCAGACUUGAAAAGGGAUGUUGGUGUUGAUCUCAGUUUUAGUGUCCCACAGAAGAAACUCAGAAUCCAGUUUAUACAACCUAAGAGAAAAAUCGAGAUUGAUGGGAGGAUUGAGUUUUCUAAAAAUUCACGAAUUGGACACCUGGAGCUGAUAGUGGAUGACCGAGACGUGUAUUACAUUAAGGGGAUGACAGAUUUGCAGGUGCUGAGUGGAGAGCAGAGAUACAUGACCCAGCUGGAGGUAAAGCUGAUAAAGCAAAGCAGUCCUGUCAUUCUGUCAGGAAACAUCACUAAACAGCUUGGCAAGAAGAUAGCUUUCUCAGUGUCCCUGAAUAAUUUAUUGAAGGAUGCUGCAUUUCUUUCAGCACUUCUGGAGAAAAAGGUGGAUGAUAAGCUGAGACAAUACUCUUUGGAAGGGGAGACCUGCCUUCCAGGUGUUCUUGGAGCUCACGUCAUCGCUCUUCUCCAGCAACAUGAGGGCCUGUGGUCUCACAGUUUGAGGAUAAAGUAUGGGAUCCUAGGAGAGGCAAAAAAUCCUCGUCAUGAAUGCAGUAUGAGGCAAAAUAUUAAAGUGGAGACAGGUGCACAUGGAGUGUACAAAGUGGAUAUUGGGCACGAAUUUCACUGUGUGCAGACUCCAACCUACAAUCACAAGGUUCACCUGAAGCAUGAAGCGAGUGCAUCUUGGCUUUCCUCCCAAAUGGAAGUGAAUUAUGGGAAACACUGGGAUGAAAAAAACAACAAGAAGAAACUGCUGAUCAGCCAAGCAUUUAAGAACAGUUCCAGUCCAUCUGUAGUCAGCUAUUUCAUGGAGUUUGCCCUGCAAGUCCUGGAAAAGCAGGUGAAUUACAGAACCCAGCUGCAGCACUUGCACACCUCUAAGGUGUAUUUGCAGAGCAGCACCAACUUUGAGGUGCAAUACAAUGACCACAUGCCAUUUGUGGCUGGGCUGCAGUGGAAGGACGCAUCCAGAAAUGGCCUGAAGAAGUGGGAAGGUGGGUUAAAUCUAGACACCCCAUGGCUGUAUCUGUAUGCAGCUCACAAACUACAUCAGCCUCAGAAUUCUGCUUAUUUACUGACCACCGAGCUGACAGCUGGAAAAGCUCUCUCCAUUAAGAAUCUCGUAGUGGAACUGUUCUAUAAAGAUCAAGGCAAUGAAAAGGAAGGCAAAGUUCACAUUUACACACCAGCUACCACAUACCUGCAGGCAUCCACAUUUAAUCGUCUCGGGAGGAAUGUUCUGCAUAGCUAUGGUGAAAUGAUCUCUCUGUGGAAUCAGCUUGUGAAGAAUGAGAUUCAUUUGGAGAAUAAUGAACGAGCCAAACUUCUCUGCUUUAAGAUAACAAGUACAAAACAGGAAUUUAACUUAACAGCCAGCUAUCAGAAUCUGCCAACGCCAAAGAAGACAAACCUUUCUGUGAAGAUUGUAUGGAGAGAUUAUAAAAGUCUGCCUGUCAUACUGCAGUUGGAAGGUCAGAUAGAGGAGCUGAAGAAGGAGAAGAUGCUCUAUCAGAAACGUGGAAUCCUCCAUUUCAGGCAUCCUUUUAAAGUGCCCUUUCUGCAGAGCUUCCUUCUGCAGGAGACUUUUACUGUUGACAAAAAGCAAAAGCACUAUUUCAUGGAGACAAAGGUUUUGAUAAAUGAGGUUGAGGAAACAGUUCAAACUCUUAUACUUGGUUACCAACCUGAAAACCCCUAUAUUUGUGCUGGCCUAACUCAUCCUUAUAACCACAGGUUGUUCCCCAAAGACGUUGAAAUAUGCAUUUUAACUCUAAGUCAUCAAAAUGUGAAGAAUGAAUUUGAGACUAUCUUGAAGGUGAAUAAGGAAGAUGUCCUCAGCUUUCUAGGGAGGUAUCAGAACAAAUCCAGUGAGGCUGAUUUUAGACAUCUUUUGCACAUGGAUAUGACACAGUCAUUCCAGGUAUUUGUGGUUUUCGCUUUUGGCAUUUUAUUUUUUAUGUCUUGGCAGAACAAACUGGAACACUUUGACUGUGGUGUGAGUGUAAAAGCCAUCAUCAACAAGAACAUGUCUUCACAGGCCCAGGCAGCCCUGAGGAGUUAUGGUGAGAGCAACUUCAAUGGCUCUCUUCACCUUCACUCCAGAGGAAGGGACAUGCUGAUGCUGGAGCUCGAUGUGAACAAUGAAAACAGGAAGAAUGGCAGAGCUGUUGCACUGAGGGCUUUUCUCCAUCAGACAAUCCUGACAAACCCAGAAUCGAUACAGCUGCAGCUCAUUGGCAAAAUGUUUCCAUCAAGACUUCUGUUAUCUUCUGAGUUGAAGCUUAAUGAAAAUAGGCUUCACGUGGAUUUCGUGGGAGCCAGGGAACAAAAAGCUGGUUUGGUUUUGUCCCUAAAUGGAAGAGUCCAACAUACAUUUGCUGGAUUAAAGGCCAUACCUCACCUUCUUUCUCUGAAUGGAUUACUGAAGUGCAAAAACAACAUUCAUGAUGGUAAUAUCAAUGUGAUGGUCAACAAAACGCUGUAUGGACUCCAUCUCAGGAACAGGAAUGUGUUUGGGAAUGUCACUGUACACAACAUCACUGUUGCCAUGUUUCAGAAUGGCAGUCUGGCAAUCCCAGUGGAGGCAAGACUGAAAGGGCACCUGGAGCUGAGUAAAGAGAUGAAGAGGGGGCUAGCCAGCUUCCAGGUGGAUGAGAAGGCUUUUUCUGUGGAUUUUUUCAAUAUCAUGAGUCAUGGGCACAGCAGAGUCAGUGGGACUUUCACACAUAACAUCGACUUCUUAAAAAAUGCAGGAUUGCCAUGGGAUGGCAUUCUUACUGCCAGGUGUGAGCGUGGCACAGGAAAUCACACUGUUGCUGUAGCCCUGCAGAGUGGCAGGGAAGGGAUUACUGUUGAGUUUGGAGGGCACAGACUGGCCACAGAACCUCCUAAAUCCCAGCUCUCUGUGAGCUUAAAGCACAACAUCUCAAAGAUAAAGGAACAAGGGAUCCCUUUUAUUGUAGAGGCUGCUGGCUAUUAUGAGAAUUUCACCACAAAGAUUGCUGCAGGGAUAACAACCACGGUGGAGAAGGAACAGCUCAAAAUUGAAAUGGAGAAGGAAAUCACUGGCAGUGCUGUGGAAAUUUCUCUCUCACUUCACCAUGAUGUGGGAGGACUGAUGGACAUUGUUCCACGUGUACUAGAGGUUUCUUGCAGUGGAGAAUCUGCUAACAAACAACUCUCUGGCCUUUGCAAUGGUGCAAUUGCAUUUCAUCAUUUUGAGACUCCAGCAAGAGUUUCACUGAAUGGGUCAAUGUUUACCAGCAACUUUACUGUCAUCUUCUUUGGACAUGUUUCCUUCCAUGACACGUUUGCCUGCCUACAGCUCCACGCCACUGCCAACAUCCAGCCUCAUCUGGAAAUCCAUUUCCAGCAUUCUUUGCCUUCACUUCAUUCUCUGGGGAUUGCCAGAGAGAACCAAGUGAAGGUGUCAGCCCUGAGAAGUGACAAGUAUAAGGGCAUCCUUGCUGUUGUCCUUGGGCCUUGCAGUCUGAAAGCUGAUGGAGAAGUGACCCUGGCAAGCAAUGAAACACAGUGGGUACUUACUGUCAGGAACAAGUGUGUCAGUCUGGAGGAGGUGGGAUUGCCUCGUGCAGUGGUCUUUGGGGGCUCGUUUCAACAGAACAUCUGCAACGUGGGCUUGUUAAUGAACCUCCAGUGUGAUGGCAGAACAGUUGAUGUGCAGAUAGACACUUCCUGCCAACACGAAUACACACUCCAAGGGAUGCUCAGGCACUCAUUUCCCUGGCUCAGUCAGCUUGGGGUCCCUUUGGAAAACUCUGUCUUGUUCUCUGCAGCCACAGACUCUGCCACAGAGGGCAUUUUGUUGCUGCAGGCUGGCAGAUGCAGACUUAAGGCUAGAGGAGAUCUCUGUAUUCAGGAUAAAGCUGAAUGGACACUGGAAACAGAAUCAGAAUGUCAACUUCUGCAGGAUCUCAGUUUCCCAACCCAGUCACGGCUCACAGGAUCCAUUCAGAAAGACAAGUGCCAAGCAGAGCUUCUCUCAGUCCUGGAAACAGAAGGCAAAACUGCCCGUCUUGAAGUGAGAGCAGAGUGCAAGCCAAAGAUUACACUGGAAAUUCAGUUCAGGCAUGACCUCCCCCAGCUGAAGGAAAUCCCAAGGGAAAAUGAGCUGUCCAUCACUGCACGGAAACAGCUGAAAUAUUUUCUUGGAAUAGGAAUGAAAGUGGGUGCUUGUGAGCUUCAAAUGAAUGGGGACUUUGACCCUGAAAAGAAGCUUCAAUGGAAAAUGCUUAUAGAAAAUAAAUGCCAAACAAUUCAGGACCUUGGAGCACCAGUGAAAAUUGAUGGGUCAGGCUACAUUUUGACGGAUAAAAUGAACCUGGAUUCACAGACAUUGAUCACUGUUGAUGAAAGUAAAUUCCAAGGACUCCUGAUACUCAAAGUCACUGAUGAAAGGCAAGAGCUGGAUGCAGUGCUAACCCACAACAUUCCAGGAGCUGCUGACAUUGGCAUUCCUAUGAAGAUGUUAAUUGAUGUGAUAUCAGAAAAAAACAGUGACUUCUAUAAAAGAUUUAUUCAUUUCUGUGUGAACAGCAAGCAAGUAAGUGUCUCUUCCAUGUUAGUGAGAUGUGAAAUAGAGGUUGAAAUAGCUGUGCAUGAGGCCCCUUUAGGAAUACCCUGCAGGGGCUGUUUUCCUCAUUUUCAUAGUUUUACUCUAAUGUGUUCAAUAAUUAUAAUUAAUCAGAGAAGUCUCAAUAUCAGAGAUGUGCCACAGUUAACUUUUGUCAUAUUUACUUGGACUGAACAGAUUACAGAAGAACUGAACUUUGUCCAGAAGUUGGAUGUUGUGUCUCUUAACUACAAACUCACUCAUAACUUAGAGGUGCUGAAGACUUUGCAAAUAAAAGACAGGAUUGAGCUGCAGGCUAUCUUGAACCUGGAAGUCACCAAGAGCUUUAGUAUGAAAGUGCUUUAUGGUACUCACCUAACAGUGCUUGAAGGACAAAUCCAGGAGUUUGAAACAAGUACCAACAUAACAGGGAAUUUCCAUCACACUUUGCCAUGGCUGCUACAAGCCAGAGUCCCACCAUCUUUACAGGUAGAUGUGGUUUUUCAAGGGAGAAACACUACUCAAGAAAGAUAUGUACAUAUUGCAGCUGGAGAAACAUCAAUCACAUACACAAUAAACUCCUAUUAUGUUGGUCACCAAGUGGAUAUCUUCUGCCAAAGUGUACACAGCAGUGAGGUACUCCAGGCAGCUGGUUAUCCUAAGGCAAUCAACUUGAUUCUCAGCUUACAGGAAUCAGAAAACAAAGCCAAGACUGUCUGUGAAAUCCAAUAUGAUGAGAAAGAUAUAACUGUGACUGUGGAUGUUGGCACAGACUUUCAGCUCUUCGGUGUAUUUGUGCUCAUGGCAGAGGUGAAGCAUUCCAUAUCACUUCUCCAUCAUCUGGGACUUCCCUUCUUUCUUAAGGUGACAAUUCAGGAAGUCCUGACUGAAAAUGAAACUGCAGGAGCUCUGAGGCUGACCUAUGAACAAAACACAAACUUCUCCUUUGCCAUCAGUAGGAAAAAAGACCAGCAAGGUGAAGAGUUGAAUAUAAAAGCACUCCAGACUCAUCCCUUCUUUCUACAGUACUUCCCCAGUGCAGCAGAAGUGUCUUCUAAGGUAAAUUAUGAUAUGAGUGAAGCAAAAGGCAAACUCUGCCUCAGGAUGGAAAAAAGGGAUUUCAAUGUUACAGCGAAGCUCACUUUGACUGGAACCAGCUACACCAAUGCCCUUGAAAUAGUACAGACCAUGUCCCAGCUAAAAAUGGUUCCAAGGCAGCUUGUGUUUAUGACUGUUUACCAGAAGGGAAACAGGACACGUAUGCUGAGGCACACUGCUCUGUGGGAUGGCAAAGAGACAAAGGUAACAGGCACUUACACUGGACUCUUCCCAAAGCUGCCUGGAGGUCACGACAUUCAGGUGGAACUUUUCCAUCCUCUCUCCAUCCCUUUCCCACGGCAUGCCAGGGUCAACUUAUAUGUGAAACAUUCGGCACGUCAUCACCGGGAUGAUCUUACUGUCAUUUGGAAUGAGGAGGACCAGAUAUCAGUGUCAUCUUCUCUGAAGUUUGGAAGACACCGGACAAACUACAGAGCCACUGUUGCCCACCCAUUUAAUUACACCCUGAAGCAACUGGAGAUCCAUUCCCUGUCAGAAAGAAGGGGCAGAAAGUACAACCAGCAGCUGCAGCUGGCAGGGAAUGCUGGGCAGCCUGCUGACAUCCGACUGACCCUGGAGGAUAAAUCCAAGGUGGACAUCACUGCCUGGGCGGGCUGUGUGACACUCUCUGCAGGCCAGCUUCAGAGAAUAUUAAGUAUGGGACACCUGCAUGCAUGUGGGUCUCUACAGCAAAAAUCAACACUGUUUAAUGAAUAUCUAGAUCUGAACUGGGAUGACAAAAAAAUCAAACACAAUUUAACCUAUGAGAGAAAUCAAUUCUUGUAUCCUGAUAAAUUCCAGUUAGAAGCUGUCCUAGAAAAUAUUUUCCUGACCCCAUGCACCAAACAGAAGAUUCUGGGUAAAAUAGAAACAAACUACUGCUCUUCCCUGGAUCAUUACACAAGCUUUGAGCUCUGUGACCUUCGAAAUGUAAUUGUUUUAUCUGGAAAACACCAGCUCAACAAAGAUAACAUCAUUUUGCAGUCAGAGGGCAGAUUCCACCUUGGUGAUCACAGGACAGAUGGGGGGUUGAUUGGAGUAUCCAUAAAGAAUCAGAGCACUGCUGAUGUGAAGAACUAUUCUAUGGAAAUUGAUUUAAGAGCCUUUGAAGAUAUUUGGCUAGGCCUGGCAGGAACUGCUACUUCCUCAUCUGUCCAGAGCCAAAUCCUGGUGGAGGGGAAUAUUGAUCAGAAAGAGAAAGUAAAAGUGGCUGCUUCAAAAGGAAAGGAGUGCAUUCAGUACUACUUGGGGUAUCUGAAAGGGGAUUUGGAAGAAGGAAUGGAAGUCAGUGCUUGUUCUGAUGGGCAGGAGAUGGCUGCCAUUAACACCUAUCUCAGCAUCAAUGGAGAAAGGCAGGAAAACACGGGACAAGUGACUCUAGCAGCUGCUAAUGGAAGCUUGAGUUUUCUGGCUCAUGGAUGCGGGGAUCCAGUUCUUAAGGCUGAGUACAAGCUUAAUGAAAUUGGGAGUCUUUUGAAAGCCAAACUGAUGGAAAAGAUAAAGAAGUUUGAUGGAUACAUGUGGAGAUUCAGGAGAUCAGUGCAGCAAGUUGGUUUCCUGUCUGAAGCAGCUGGCUGGCCUUCCACAGCCUUGCAGAAGGCAGCAGGAUUCCUGCUCAGCGGGGGCAGAGCUGUCGCCCAGGCGUGGAAGCAAAGCGGAAUCGGGCAGAUCCUGAGGAGCAAGGUCCCGCUUUACCUGGAUAAAGUUCAAGGCAUUGUCCAGCAAAUGCAGAACGAAUUACAAAAGCCACUAGCAACUUUGAAGGAUGCCUACUAUGACGUAACCUUGAAGCCACUGGAUGAGGUCUGGAAAGAGAAGACAGAAGAGUACAUGAAGAAAAUCCAGGCUUUUUUACCCAAUAUUGUAAAGGAUGCAUGGCUUAUGGAACCAAUCCAGCUGGCAUUAAAGGUUGUGAAAGCAGCCUUGGAUACGACCACACAGCAGGUGUUCAGGUGGGCAGAGGCCACAUUUUCCAGAGCUGUGAGGAAGAUCCGGAAGCCCUUGCUCAACCUGUACAGUUUUUCAGCCAGGAACUGUUCCGUGGCAAUAAAACUGCCAGUACUGCCCAAAGGAGACCACUCCCUACAGCUGGCAAAUGUUCCUACUUAUCUCGUUGGAGAGAAAAUAAUGAGGCCUCUGCAAGACCUCUACAAAAUCAACAUCCUUGCGGAGUAUUAUCGAUUCAAACGGAGGAUGGUGGAGAGUCCCUUUGAAUAUCAUGCUCUGUUAGUGGGGACCAAGCAUCUUGUGACUUUUGAUGGAAAAAUGUAUGAUUUGGCAUCAAAGUGCAGUGUACUUCUUGCCAAGGAUUUUGUCCACAAUGCUUUCACUAUAAUACUAAGUGAGGAAACCAGUAAAUCAAGAUCACUGUAUGUGGAGAUGAACCAGACUGUGAUCAGUAUCCACCCAAGACUGAAGAUCUCCAAGAUGUUCUCCUUUACAGAAGAGAACUGCCAAGUACUGGAUAAAUCACUUGAAAAGAAUACCACUAAUUCAAGGAGAGAAACCAACAAAAUAGAAAUAUCUAAUCAGAAAGGAGUUUCUCUAUCCUGUGACUUUCAGUAUGAUCUCUGUACUGUCACUCUGGCUGGGUGGCACCACGGCAUCUCAGCUGGGCUUUUUGGUACCAAUGAUAAUGAAGCUGGAAAUGAAUGGAUGCUUCCUAAUGGUUCCUUCACUGACAACUUGCAAGAGUUCACACAGAGCUGGCAGGUAAGGAGCUCUAGGGCUUCUCUGUGCAGGGCACCAGGGGUGCUGAGCACAAAGGGCAGUGUGUACUCAGUAGUGGACUCAGCUGUGCUGGUCAAAUGGAGCUUGAAAACCAGCUCACACUGGAAAUCUGAAGAAUUCAUCCUAACCCAGUGUAUUAAAAAACAAAGUCCCCCAACUUCAGUAAUUCUGCUUUCCCAGGUGAACAAGUGCAGUCUUGUACCGAAGAAAGAGAAGUCAUGUCCAAUUACAGCCAAUCAAAACAUCUGCAAAGUGUUUUUUGAAGAACCACAUUCACUUCUUAGGAACUGCUUCAAAGUUGUGGACCCCGAGCCCUUCUACACCAUGUGUACACAGGACACCUGUGAGUCCCCGGCCCUGGGGGCUGCCUGCAGCUCAGCAGCAGCUUUUGUUCAUCUGUGCAACCGGAAUUUUGUCCCUGUGGAAAUCCCUCCACAGUGCUUGAGCCUGUUCUGAAUGGCACAUACCAGCCCUGGAGACGGAAGAACCCUUUCAGCACCCAAAAAUAGAAGUUAUUUUAGGUAGACAAGCUAGAGGCAGGAGCAGGAGAACAGUAGCAGUGCAAAUGCAUUAGUGUUAGACAAUGAAUAUAAUGAAGCACAUAUAGUAUAAAAGGAAAGCUUUCCACUAGAACCCCUGAGGGCAAGAGGAAUUAUUUCAGUAUACUGACAAGAAACUAUAAUCAACCAAAGGAAACUGAACAUAAUAGUAUCAACUACUUUAAAAGAAUUCUCCCAUUCAGUGGCAAAAUUGUGUCUCCACAAGCUUUGAACCAUAGCAUAAAUACAUUUAAAAGCUGACAAAAGGUCUCUUCCAGCUCAGAUUAGUACAAGUGGAAUACUUUGUGAAAGCAGCAUUAUCAGCUUUGAGUCAGCAGAGAUGCUGACUUAUUUUUUCUUCAGAAAUGAAACUCUGCUGUUCAGCGGUUCUGGACAAAGUUAUCUUUUUUUUUUUUUUUUUUUCAAGGGAAGUGCUCCAACACAUGAGAGCUACAGUAGAAAUAAGAUGGUUAAAUAAUUGAAAGCACUUGAUAAUUUUCUCAUUUUUAUGCUGGCUGAUUUUUCCCUUACUAACGUGUACACUGUUAAAUGAGAAACACCCUUCUUGGUAUCUGUGUACCAGUUUCACAUUCUCCCUUUGUGCCUUCAGAAGCCCUUUCUCAGAAAUCAGCUGAAGUGUUUGGAAAGGGUGAUUGAUAUCUAUCCAACCCAUAAAGUAGCCUUAAGGUGCUAUAGCUGUUGUUGUGUGAAAACGUCUUAUCUGUUAAAUCCUUUUCUAUAUUUUAAGUCUAUUGAUUAAAGAAAUGCAUUACCUUUCUCCACCCAUACCUGGAAGGCAGCUAUUCCUCAGCAAAAGGUUAACACUGCAAAAUCCUUCCCAUGUCUUUACAUAACAUGCAAACGUUGAAAUAAUGGUGUUCUGAACUAGGAGAUAAUGCUAAUAAACAUUUGACUUCCUUAUUAUUAUGCUGGAGUACAUUUUUAUUGAUUAUUCAUAAGAAUAUAAACCUGUACUGAUCUACAGAGCUGGAAUUGGCUGGGUUUGAAUGGCUCACAGACAAACCCAGCACAGGCCUCUGUUACCUCGUGGAUGCUGCUUUCAGCCACAUUCUCUUCCUGAACACUGAACUCCCUAGCGUGACACACAUUCUAACUAAAACAUGAUCCCCACACUAGUCAGGAAAAAACCCUGCACUUGUUAGGAUUUCCACACACAUCAGAUGCUGCUGUAUAAAACACAGUAGAAAUCAAGUCUUUCUCUGUAGUAGUUUUAUAACUGCACCCUUACAGAAGUGUUUUGUAAUGAAGCCAAAAUUGUAUGAAAUAUUUCUGAAAGUUAAAGAGUAUUUAUAUCAGUUAGUGAUUCAAAAAAACGCAUCAUUUUCUCCCCAGUCACUGAAUGUCAUUUCACUCCCCAGCUAAGCACACCGA